AUGCCCGUCAUCUUGGCGCACGUCGCGGCCCACCGGGGGGUUGCCAAAGAUCGCAAGGAGACCGUGGAGCAGCGAUCCGUCGAGGACGCCCUCGCCGCGGGCAAGGUCUUCGACGAGCUCGACACGGACGGCACGGCCACGAUCACGGCGCCCCAGCUCCGCGAGCUGCUCCAGCGCGUGACGGGCAGCGACGUGCGCGACGACGGCAUGACCAUGGUGCUGAACCACGCGCGCAAGGCCGCGCCCCCGAGCAAGCGCGACGCGCCCGCGGGCGACGGCGCCGCGGGCGUCGCGUUCGGCGGCGACGACGCCGUCGCGCUGCCGAAGGACGCGGUGCUGGCCGCCGUGAGCAAGUUCCGCUACUACCUCCAGCGCGUGGACCGCAUCGACCGCAUCUUCGCGGAGUUCGACACGAACAAGAGCGGCGCGCUCGAGCGCGAGCAGAUCAAACGAUGCCUGCAGAACCUCGAGGACUCGCUCAAGGGCUCCAAGGCCCGCGACGCCUUCGGCGUCGUGCUCCACCUCAAGGUCGCGGACGCGGACGUCGACUUCAUCCUCCAGGACUGCGACCUGAACGCGGACGGCGCCAUCGACAAGUCGGAGCUCCUCCCCGCGCUCGCGCGCUGGGAGCAGCUCGCGGAGGCCAAGGUCGCGGACAAGAAGUCCUGCGCGUGUAUCGUCUCCUAG